AUGCAUGGUAGAUCGUUUAUGAAGCAGGCUAAGUGUAUAGUCGCAACUGCUAAUACAGCUCUGCUUUCAAGAAAUAAAUUUGUAAAUGGCAGUAGUUGCACUGUACUAAGACUUUGUUCAAAUGUAGAUAUUAAUAAAAAAAAUGCUCCAAUCUCAGAUAGUGGGCGGUACAAAGUAGCUACCAUUCCAAAUGGAUUAUGUGUGCUGAGGAUUGCAGCAACUCCAGUUAUUGGGUAUCUUGUAGUAAACCACCAUUUCCCUUCAGCAUUUGCUCUUUUCACUUUAGCUGGAGUAACUGAUAUGCUUGAUGGAUAUAUAGCUAGAAACUUUUCGGGCCAGAAAUCAUUACUAGGUUCAGUUCUUGAUCCUGUGGCAGACAAGCUUUUAAUAUCAGUGAUGUUCGUAACAAUGACCCAUGCUGGUUUGAUUGCAUGGCCAUUAACUUUCAUCGUCUUGUUAAGAGACUUAUGUCUUAUAGCUGGUGGAUUCUACAAAAGAUAUCAAACUAUGGAACCACCAUAUACUCUGAACAGAUUUUUCAAUCCAGAAGUGUCUUCCAUGCAAGUAGUUCCUACCCUCAUGAGCAAGGUUAAUACCAUGCUUCAACUCUCCGUCGUCGGGUUAGCCCUAGCCUCGCCUGUUUUCGAAUUUGGAGUUACUAGUCAGAAUUUUAUUACAGCACUCAGUUGCGUCACAGCAGCGACGACUAUUCUUUCUGGAAUACAAUACGCUAGUGGAAAAGCGAUCAAGAAGCUCUGA